CGGGUGUGAAAAUAAAUAUUUUUCCAGUUUACUAAGCUAUCUAGAAUAUGGAUCUUCUGGGCGACAUUGUCGAGCACGACACGUCCACAGAGCCCCAGGCGCCUGUUGCGGCGAUUUCUGGGUCUGCCACGGGGUUCCCCGUGGCGGCCAAGAGAAAGCCUGUGCGGCGGCGGAAAACGGCAGAGCGUUCUUCUGACGGAGUCUCUGAAAAAGAGCAGAUCCAUCUCGAAAACAUCGAGCGGCUAAGCAAGAUGUCUGGAGAGGAGCGCGCACAGGCCAAGGAGGAGCUGAUCAACACUCUGGACCCGAAAAUCCUGCAAAUGCUGUUGAAAAGAGCAGAGCAAGACAAGAACGAGCCGCGGGGUGCUGUGGCAGAUAGCGACAGCGACUCGGCAGCAAGCCCGGCGCUGAAACCCGCGCUGCGCAGGGACAGCGUGUCGUCGGCAGACAAGAAGGUGCGGUUCAACAACGAGGCGUCCGUCAAGUACGUCAAGCCGUCGUCGCCGCUGGCAAUGCCGAAAACGAGCAAAGAGGACGAGGAAUGGGAGGAUAUCGAGUAUCUGGACGAGUCGGGGCCGAGCUUCGAGGAGGCGCAGCGGCUGAAACAGGCGUCGGUGCAUUUCCCCAGACCGAGCAGCGAGAAGCUGGAGAAGCUCGAUAUAAACGACCCGGACUUCAACGACAAGCUGCACGAGAAGUUCUUCCCGGACCUGCCCAAGGACCCCAAGACGCUGGAGUGGAUGAAACCGGCGCCGGAGACGCCGAAACAGGUGACGUACACUGCGGUUGCGGAGCUGCGGUUUGACUUGAAUGGGGAUCUGAUCACGUCGGAGAACAUAGAGAAACACGCCCAGGCUCCGGAGCUGCGCCAUCACGCAGCAAGCCCAGAGUUGCCCGGGUACACGCUCGCGGAGCUGGCACACUACCUGCGGUCGGCGUUCCCCGGGCAACGGUGCAUUGCGCUGCGCACACUGGGCCGCGUGCUGUACAAGCUCGGACAGGCCGAGUACGAGGUGGUGGACGAGGACAACCAGACGCAGGACUUGAGGGAGUUUGAGCGGCGGUGCUGGGGGCUCGUGCUCGACCUCAAGAUCGUCGAUAUCGUCAGCGAGUAUGCGUCGGACCGCCAGCGCAACCUGAGCGUCAAGAACUACGCGAUCGAGGCGCUCUAUCUGUGGAAGCAGGGCGGCGGCGACGGCAAGAUGCAGGCGGUGCUGGAGGAGCGCAAGGCGGCUAGUCGUCGAGCUGGCUGAUCUGGACCUUGUUAAUGGUGGAGUUGAGCCGCUCGUUGCGGAUCACCUUAUAAUAGUGGUCGGUGAAGUCGACGGCGUUCAUGGCGCGCAGAAACUUCUCGUCGUGCGUGAUGACGAUGAGCUGGAAGUUGCGCUGUGUUGCGCGCUCCUGGAUGAUGUUGGCGAGCGCCUUUGCGAGCGACUCGAUGUUGUCGUCGUCCAGGUUGGUUGUCGGCUCGUCGAGCGCGAUCAUGCCGAAGUUGAGCCCGAAACACUCGGCCAGCGCGAGCCGGAUGAUCAGCGCCGCCAGCACGCGCUGGCCUGCAGAGCACCGCCCGCGCAUGUCCAGCUCGGUCCCGUUCUUCACCAUCACCACGCGAUAGUUGUACGAGCGCAUCGUGGCCGCCGUGCUGGACUUGAUCGGGUCUGCCCGCACCAUGAUGCUGUCUACGUCGUUGCCCAUGUAGGUUUUCUUCCAUAGCUCGUCAAUGAUCCGGUUGAUCUCUUUCAUCUUCACCUGGUGGAACUCCAUCACCGCAGAGUCGAUGGCCCUGUAGUACGUGGUCAGGUCUGUCACCAUCGACAGCUUCGUCUGCAGGCUCGCGUACUCCUUGGUAUACCGCUCGUCGAUAUCUUUGUAGUCGCGUUGCAGCUCGUGUUUGACCGACUGGAUCUGCCGCGAGAGCUGGGUCAUCUCGCCCAGCUUGGUGGAGUACUCGCUCUGGAGCUGUGUUUGGCGCGCGCGCAGCUGCUUGCUCUGCGCCACGUACUCGUCGCGCCGCGAUUCGGCCUGCUGCUGCGCGAGCUCGGCGAUCGUGGCCCGCACCUCACUUUGCUGCUGCUCGAGCGCCAGCAGGUCUAGAUUGUACCGCAGGUUGCGCUCCGCGUUGUCGGCGUCCUUGAUAUCGUUCUCGAGCUCUCGCAACUGUGCGCCCGCCGCGUCAAGCUCGACCUCAUCGCGCGCGAUCUGCUCGCGUAGCCGCGCAGACUCCUGCUCAAACGUGGUCUGGCCCGCGUGCUUCUGUUCGAAUUCGCCGAUUUGCGCGUCCAGCGCCGCGAUCUGGACCUGCGUCUGCCGAAGCCGCUCAAGUUCCGGCAUCAGCUGCGCCAGCUCGUCCUCUCCGCGCCGCUUAAGCUCGCCGUACCGCUCCUGCUGCGCCGCAUGGCUCGCACGCAGCACGGAGGCCGCCUGCUCCGCCCGGUCCAGCGUAGCGCGCAGCUGCCCGAUCUCCGUCUCGAGCUCGCGCAGCGUGUUGCGCACGUUCACGUUGUCCAGGUCCGACUUCUCCAGCUCGAUGAUCGCCAGUCGCCGGUCCUUGAUCAUGCUCUCCAGCCCCACCACCUUGCGCGAAUACUGCUCGCGAUCGGCAACGUGGCGCUCUAACACCAGCCGCAGCCGCUUCACCUCGCUGCUCGUCUGCGCCUGCGCCAGCUCCAGCUCCUCCAUGGACUGCAGUUGCCCGCCAAAUAGGGCCAUGUCUUGCUUUAGGCCCUCCAACUGCCGUUGCAACGACACCUGUUCGUCCCGCAGCCUUGCAACCUCGUCCACCGCAGAUAGCAGCGACGCAAGCUGCGCCUUGUGGGCCUGCUGCUUGUCCAAGUCACGCUGCUCACUCUCAAACUGCUCGCGGGCAACCGCCUCCCGCUCCCGAGCAGCUGCCACGUCCCUUUGCUGCUGCUCGAGCUCCACAGCAAGCUUCCUGUGCCGCUCAACCUUGCCCGACACCUCCUUGAGCCGGUCCAGCUUGUUCCGUGCAGCGCGCAGCGCUUCUUCUGCGGUACGGUCGCUCUCCAAAACACUCGUCUGCUUUGCAAGCAGCUCCAGCACGCGGCUCCUCUCGUCCGCCGCCCCAAACUCCCGAUGGCACAGCAGACAUGCGUUCUUGUGGUUGAUGAGGUCAAUUGCGCGCUUGUUGAAACCAAUGCAGUACUCCCGCACCUUGAAGCCGCCGUCACUGUCGCUGAACUCGUACUCUGCGUCCUCCAGUAGCUCUUCAAACUGCGCGAGCGGCGCUGCGCCAAUAACUGUGCGAACGUCUUUCUCGAGCGCGGCGAGUUCGUCGCGCGAGCUAGCAAGCUGCUGCGCGGCGUUGCGGUGUGUGAUGGCCGCCUCGUUGAGGGUCUCGCGC